GUUCGAUAACCAAAACAAAACAGCUGCGACAUCACACGUGCAAUUUUUGUGAAAUUCAUUUAAAAAAUGAAGCAAAAAAAGAAAUUAGGUGUGGGCCUCAGCCGCGAAGAGCGACAGGUGCUUGUUAUUGGUGAGAUUAUCCAGGAGCUGCUGCAAGCGCACGAAGCAAAAAAGGAUGUAAACCUCAACAGAAUGAAGUCUUUGGUAUCCUCAAAAUACGGACUGGACAGUUCGCCACGACUAGUGGACAUUAUUGCAGCCGUGCCACAGGACGCCAAGAAGAUCUUGCUUCCCAAGCUAAGGGCCAAGCCCAUUCGCACAGCGAGUGGAAUUGCAGUGGUGGCCGUCAUGUGCAAGCCCCAUCGUUGCCCGCACAUCAACAUGACCGGCAACAUUUGCGUCUACUGUCCCGGUGGACCGGAUAGUGACUUCGAGUACUCGACGCAGUCUUACACGGGCUAUGAGCCCACCUCGAUGCGAGCAAUUCGGGCACGAUAUGAUCCGUUCCUGCAAACUCGCCACCGCGUUGAGCAACUGAAGCAGCUGGGACACAGUGUGGAUAAAGUAGAGUUCAUCGUGAUGGGUGGCACGUUUAUGUGCCUGCCGGAGGAAUACCGCGACUACUUCAUCCGGAACCUGCACGAUGCACUCUCUGGUCACAGCAGCGCCAAUGUUGCGGAAGCCGUUCGCUACUCGGAAAAGUCACGCACAAAGUGUAUUGGGAUCACAAUAGAAACGCGACCAGAUUAUUGCCUUAAGCGGCACAUUUCGGACAUGCUGAACUACGGCUGUACCCGACUUGAGAUCGGCGUCCAAUCGGUUUACGAAGACGUAGCUAGGGACACGAAUCGAGGGCAUACUGUGCGGGCAGUGUGUGAGAGCUUCCAGCUAGGCAAGGAUGCUGGCUACAAAAUUGUGGCUCACAUGAUGCCUGACUUGCCUAAUGUGGAUUUUGAGCGCGACAUCGAGCAGUUUAUCGAAUAUUUUGAGAAUCCCGCCUUUCGUUCUGAUGGCCUAAAGAUUUAUCCUACACUUGUGAUUCGAGGCACUGGCCUUUACGAGCUAUGGAAGACCGGUCGGUAUAAGUCUUAUCCACCAUCCAUGCUUGUGGACCUAGUGGCAAAAAUUUUGGCUCUUGUACCACCAUGGACGCGAGUCUACCGCGUGCAACGCGACAUUCCCAUGCCGCUGGUUAGUUCUGGCGUGGAGCACGGAAAUCUUCGCGAACUGGCUUUGGCCCGCAUGAAGGAUCUUGGAACAACCUGUCGAGAUGUUAGAACCCGCGAGGUUGGCAUCCAGGAAAUCCACAACAAAGUGCGACCGUACGAAAUCGAGUUAAUACGCAGGGACUAUGUGGCCAACGGCGGCUGGGAAACGUUCCUCUCCUACGAAGAUCCCGAGCAAGACAUUCUUGUCGGUCUUCUUAGGCUUCGCAAGUGCUCGCCGGAUACAUUCCGUCCGGAAUUAAAGGGUGCAUGUUCUAUAGUGCGCGAACUGCAUGUAUAUGGCUCGGUAGUGCCGGUGAAUGCACGCGAUCCCACAAAGUUUCAACAUCAAGGUUUCGGUAUGUUGCUGAUGGAAGAAGCGGAGCGAAUUUCUCGCGAGGAACACGGUAGCACCAAAUUGGCAGUCAUCUCGGGAGUGGGCACCAGGAACUACUACCGCAAACUGGGAUAUGAACUGGAUGGACCAUACAUGUCUAAGAGCAUAAAAUAAAUAAAUUUAUCAUAAAAUGUAUUAAUUUCUGAGUAUCUUGAUGAAUUAAACACUUGUAUUUUAUCACGCUA